CUACCGACAGUCAAACGUCGUCGUCAUCGCGAGCACACGCCAGAAGACCGAACCGCGAUAAUAGUGACCAUAAUAAUAAUAAUAAUAAUAAUAAUAAUAAUAAUAUCACUACCGUUGCGAGUCGUCUCGAUCAUCGCGUGUAGCGCCGCUCGUCGGACGAAAGGUUUUCCAGGACGUUCCAGACGAUAUUUAUACGUUUAUAAAUAAUAAUAUCAUAUCUAAUCACGAUACCAGUGAAGCAGCGCCAUGUCGCGCGGCUACUACAACGGCGGUUACAACCACGCGUGCGAAGUGGAUCAACACCACCGGUAUGAAGAGAUACCGGACAUCGAUCCGUCCAUGGACUUUCUACAGGCCGACGACGACACGUCCACAUCGUUCUAUUACAUGGAGUCACCGACACGGUUGCGCAGAUCUUCGGACGCCGCGGACCCUGCCGAACGGACGUUGCUCCUGCGCGCCCAACAGCACAACCACUACCAACAGCUACAGCAACUGCAGAUGAACGGAUGUCCGCCUCCGUUACCGGCCGCCCGGGUGAGGCGUAACACUCCGCCAACUGCGGCCGGCGGCGACCGGUCCGUGGCGGCCGUGACGCCGUGCAAGGCCAGACGCCGGUUGGACGUGUACGGCGACGAGUCGGGCACCGUCAGCCUUCCGUCCACGCCGUCCGGUGCCGGCCGGACCGCCGACGUGUUCGCACCGAUGAUGGCGCAAACGGCGGCCGCGGUCAGGCCGGUCACCGUGCGCCGGGCCCGGUCGUCGGCCGCGCUCUACAACAAACACAAGCGGCCGCCCGAGUUUCUGUCCGAAUACAAUCUGGACACGUGCGUGCCGGCCACCGGCGUCCAGUACAAUCGACCGAGGAACACGGCCGUCAUACAGCCCAUCUACAAUAAGGCGCCGCUGCCGUCCGUGUUUCAGGUCGAAGAGAAAACGACGCCGCACCAGGCCGAGUCACCCGCCAAACCAUCGUGGUCGCGGACUCCGCCGGUCCGGACGCCCGUCCAGUCACUGCCCGUGUGCACUCUGUGGUCGGCCGCCAUGGUGCUGGUUGUUUCGGGCACGGCCAGCUGCAUGCUGUGCUUCUACCUCAUGUCCCGCCGUGGCCGGCUGUACUAUUUGAACGCCGGGCUGCUGGCGGCCGCCGUGUGCCUGGUGCUCGGGUUCCCCGGGUUCCGGUCGCAGCAGUGGCGGUGGCUGCCCAACCGCAACUACGUGACCGGUUACAUACUGGUGGCCAUGUUCAGCGGGCUGGAGACGUGCGCGCUGUGGCUCAUGUGCCAGAGCACCGUGCUGGACCCCGCGCUCAACGACAUAGGGGCCGGCGUCGUGUGCGGCAUAUCCGCGCUGUCCGUCACGCUCGCCUGUCUGGGCAUCAGCACUUCGUACUGUUGCCGGUACCCUCCACCCGACAACAGGGUCGCACACGCCGUCGAGGGAUUCGUCGUGUAGGUCGCACCCAUCGCACCCAUUUUCGGGACGAUUGAUAUAAUAUCUAUUAUCAUUGUAUAAUCAUCAUUAUCUUAAGCGCCCCUAAUGAUUGCACCCAUCGGCUGUCGUUAAGAACCCUCGUCCGUUGYGUAUAUAUUUAGSUGUUUUCUUAUUUCGACAUAAUAUUAUAUGUACAAUAACACAUCAUUAUAAGAUUCGUUUCCGAUAUACGUCUGUGACAACGAUYAAUAUAGUCGUCGUCCGUCGACAAGUUUCGAAGACGAAAAAUUCCAAUGAACAUAAAAUAUGUAAUUAUAUAGUGUGUUUAUAAUAAAAAUUGUUUAUAGCGGAGAAUAACGGGUGCGAUAACGCCAAAAAUUGUAYUUAAAAUACCUAUAGGAAUGUGUCUGUAUUAUAGAAUGCGUAUGUACUAUAGAGUAAACAGAUAAGAUAUUAAAAUGUUUCAAGCUGUUAAAAGUAAAUAUAUUAUAUAUUACUACCAUUGAAUGUUUCAUUUAAGAUAAAUAACGAUACGAAAAAUGCUUGCUAUAAAUUCGAAGCAACUAUUUCAACUUAUUUUUUAAUUUUACAAAAACCAACAGGAUGUUUGUUUUAUUUUAUUUUUUUGUAUUUUAUCAUACCUAUUCCAGUACACAUGAAGUAAAAACUAUUCGUUGAAAAAAAGCCGUUUUUUCGAAGUUGAACUUUAAUACAUACAUAAAUAAUUGAGUUACCACGCGACUUAUCUACGAAUUGAAAUAAACUCAUUCUUCAUUACGAACCAAUAACAUUUUUUGUUUACUUAAUUAUUUGUUAAAAAUAUUUUAAAGUAUAAUUG